CGCGCACUUCCUGCUGACGGAACUAUUUGACCUGUUGGCGGGCACAGCCAUCUUGUUGUAUUUUUUCCAGAAGCAUUGAACUAUUAAUCUAUUUCGAUCGUCCAUCUUCUAAAGCCAUCGGAUAUGUCCAGAGAGGAUUUUGUAUAUAAGGCUAAACUAGCCGAACAGGCUGAGAGAUAUGAUGAGAUGGUUGAGCACAUGAAAAGUGUUGCUAAAUUGAAAGAAGAACUGACUGUUGAGGAGAGAAACCUGUUGUCAGUAGCAUACAAGAAUGUAAUUGGUGCAAGAAGAGCAUCCUGGAGGAUUAUUAGCAGUAUAGAACAAAAAGAAGAAAACAAGGCUGAUAAACCUGAAAAAUUACCAAAGAUAAAAGAGUAUAGAGAAAUGGUUGAGAAAGAAUUAAAAGAUAUCUGCGAUGAUAUUUUGAAUGUGAUUGAAGAGUACCUUCUGAAGGGAGAUUCAGUGUCUGGAGAGUCAAAAGUUUUCUACAAAAAAAUGUAAGAGAUUUUUUUUUCUUUUAUUUUAUACCUUACACCCCACAUAUGUGAGUUUAGCAUCCAGAUAGUAAAAUGACCUGAAUGGGUGUUUUUAAUUAGUGUACAGCCAUGCUUGGUAUUGAUUACUUUGAUGAAAACUACAAAAACCAGACAUAGUGAAGGUUUUGCAGGCCCAUGUGUUUUCUAAGGGGCCACACAUGGGUAUUUAACGGUUUCUCUCACCAACAAUGAUUUGAACAAAUAUUAUAGUACUUAAAA